AUGCCAACGCGAGAUGAACUCGACGAGUUCCUAUCAUUUUUCUUCGAGGUCCUUUACCCGAUGCCAUCGUACGCUUUCCUCCAUCCUCGAACUACCAAAAGAAGAUGUUUUAGCAGGAAUAAAUCAUGUUCUCUGUCUCUAGCACUCUGUGCUGUGGCUUCAGUACAUAUGAAAGUCCCAUCUGGAGGUGCCAUCAUGUCAAUGCCACAAGCAGGAAUCCAAGAGCGAGCAACAGCGUGGGUGCACGCUGCAGAACAAAGUAUCUGGCUACAGCUUGAACAUCCAAGCAUAUCGCGACUGCAGACUUUACUUCUUAUCAUACAUUACCACAUGGAGACUGCCCACCUCCAACGAGCUUUUAUGCUGAUUGCCACAGCAGCUCGGUAUGCCGCUGCUCUGAGAUUGAACCAUGAACGCCAGCAUUGCGAUCACAUUGCACAAGAGACCGGUCGGCGGAUCCUGUGGUCCCUGAAAAUUGUUGAGCGCUACUUCUCUGUCGGUCUAGCUGAAUUCGAUAUGGUUCCAUUAGAAGUCGUCUACAUCGAUUUUCCGCAAAAGGAAGAAGAGUUUCUGAACUCAGAUUUAGAUCAACAAAACUUACAAGGCAAGCAAGAAAAUGGCGCAUACAGACUUUUUAUACAGCUAGAGGUUGUGCGUCGGGACAUCAUGAGACUGACGCGGAACAUUACACUGCUGGAAGAGCCAUUGGCGAAUCUUACCGAACUCGUCGACCACCAUCGCCGCAUAAUAGCUGGCAUAGAGACACCAGCCCCUACAUUACUGAGCCGUGACUCGACGGAUCUGGAAGAUCCAUUCGAAGACCAUUGGUUGCCACGUCGCAUACUCGCACACAUAUCGUGGCAUCAGGCCCAUUGCGACUUGUAUAGGAUAUUGCUACCUGGCUAUUCAGACGCAGCGCCAAGCACAGUGCUUCGAGGCUACGAUGCUACAGAAUUGGCCCGUGCCGAAGACCUUUGCUCGCAUCAUGCGAUGCGCAUCAUCGACAUAAUUACGACGCUAAACCAACACAGCGAUCGGUGGCACCUGCUGGAAUUCGACACUGCCAUUUGCGCGUACCAUGCCACCAGACUGGUCCUCUACAUUUCUCGCCUUGGUAAUACGAGAAAUCGUUUCUCACCAGAGUUCGCAUUAAGUCGCGCUCAAUUAUGUCUUGCUGCUCUGAAAAGAUUCUUCUUUGCAUCAGCCCUCGUUGCACCCAUAAUACGAGAGCUCGAACAGUCUAUCCAAGUCUUCUCUACACAGCAACAAGCAAUCCAACAAGGUAGAACCAGUUCUUUCGCUAUGCCACCACAAAACGAUAAUGGUAGGCAUCUUUCCUCAGCAGCACAGAUCCGCCAACGCCUUGCAAUCCACAGUCUUUUGAGGAGAGCGGAUUUUGCGGACGGCGACGAGGAGGAGGAA